AUGCACGGUGUCUCCCCAUAUUUCCCCCCCCCCCCACCACCACCCGUGGUGUUGGUGCUGCUGCUGCCUCACCUACAUCGUGCCAAUGGAGUUACAGAUUACCGCCCCCUCCCUCGACUCGUGGUGGUGGUGGUGGUGGUGGUGGUAGUGGUAGUGGCCGUGGUGGUGGCCGUGGUGGUGGCCGUGGUGGUGGCCGUGGUGGUGGUGGAGACGAUGGAGACGUCCCCAGGACCACUCCUACCAGGGCUGGUGGUGCUCUGGUGCAUGUGGUCGCGGAGAUUCAAAUCAAGUUCUAUUCGAAUCAAGUUCACAGCUGCACAGGAGCCCACCCCCAACUCCGGGCAGCGGUCCCUCAAUCUCAAGGCCUGGUGCCGCCGCCGCCAGAUCACUGGGCUGCGGAUGCAGGAUGGCUUCACAGGGUUCCAGUGGGGCAAUUGCCUGGGCAAGGAGAAGGAGACAGGGAAAGAGGGGCCAAGCACAACCUCACAGCAGGCUGGUUCUGAGAACAUCCUGGCCGCCAACAGUCAGUUCCACAUAGUGUUUCCAGUCACCUGCCUACAGCCGAAGCCUUCUGCUGCCAUGAGCCUGGUAACAGUGAAGAUCAAUGCAGGUCCUCGAUGUCCAGCAGCCCUCCAUGUGGCUGGAGUGAAAUCAUCCCUGAUACCAACAGGACAGCAGCUGCCGAAACAUGCCCCGCUCACUCAGGAUGUUAGCCACCUAACUCCGCACACCUUCCCUGCAGUAGCCCUGGAUGAUCCACCCUCUGGAAGCCCCUCCAGCUCCUCUCCAGGUCCAGCCUCUGCUGAAAUGUCUCUGCUUCAUGCCUUGGGUCCUGUGCAGACCUGGCUGGGACAGGAGCUCGAGAAAUGUGGUAUCGAUGCCAUGAUUUACACUCGCUACAUCCUCAGCCUGCUGCUGCAUGACAGCUAUGACUAUGAUCUACAGGAACAGGAGAAUGACAUCUUUCUGGGCUGGGAAAAAGGAGCUUACAAGAAAUGGGGAAAGAGUAAGAAAAAGUGCUCAGAUCUGACUCUGGAAGAGAUGAAAAAGCAGGCUGCUGUCCAGUGUCUUCGGUCUGCAUCUGAUGAGAGCUCUGGGAUCGAGACGCUAGUGGAGGAGCUCUGCUCCCGACUGAAAGACCUCCAGAGUAAGCAAGAAGAGAAGAUUCACAAGAAGUUAGAGGGGUCUCCCUCUCCAGAGGCAGAAUUAUCCCCAACUGCAAAGGAUCAAGUGGAAAUGUACUAUGAAGCAUUUCCACCACUUUCAGAGAAGCCAGUUUGCCUGCAGGAAAUCAUGACUGUGUGGAACAAGUCCAAAGUCUGUUCUUACUCGAGUUCUUCGUCAUCAUCCACAGCGCCACCAGCCAGCACAGAGACAUCCUCUCCCAAGGACUGCAACAGUGAAGGGGAAGCCAUCAAGGAGAGAGGCUGGGAGGGACCCACUGCCACACACGAGCAAGAGAACAAAUUUAUGAACGGCAGCGUUGAGGAAAAGGCCGCCUUGUACAGAAAGCAAGUCCGGCACAAGGCAGAGGGGAAGCUUCGCCCUCGGUCAUGGUCUUCCGGCUCCAGUGAGGCAGGCUCCAGUUCAAGCGGGAACCAGGGGGAAUUCAAAGCAGCCAUGAAGUGUGUGAAAGUGAGACACAAGACCCGGGAAAUCCGGAACAAGAAAGGGCGGAAUGCACAAGGCCGGCUCUCCCUGAAGAAUGGUGAGAGGGGGGACCGAAGCCUUCACACUCCUGCUGGGGGCAGCGGUGGUGGUAACAGUAGCAGCAGCAGUGGCGGCGGUGGCAGUUCCAUCAAACAGCUGUGCAAAAGGGGCAAGAGACCAUUGAAGGAAAUUGGGAGAAAGGAUGCUGUGGGCCCCGAGGGCCGAGAUCUGCCCGUGGAGAGUAGGAAUGACAGAGAGUAUAAAGAGGAGCCACUGUGGUAUACUGAACCCAUUGCUGAGUAUUUUGUUCCUUUGAGCAGGAAAAGCAAACUAGAGACCACAUACCGGAACAGACCGGAAACGAGUGAGCUGACAUCGGAGACAGUCGAGGAAUUGUCGGAAGCAACACAUGGUCUUUGUAUCAGCAACAAUAAUCUUCAUAAAACAUACCUCGCAGCAGGGACUUUCAUUGAUGGUCAUUUUGUCGAAAUGCCUGCGGUUAUAAAUGAGGACGUUGACCUCACUGGGACCUCAUUCUGUUCUCUGUCAGAGGACAAGGACUAUCUGGAUGAUAUUCAUCUAGCAGAAUUCACGCACUUCUACGAAGUGGACAUUGACCAAUCCAUGUUGGAUCCUGGUGCCUCAAAAACAAUGCAAGGAGAAAGUCGGAUCUUGAAUAUGAUUCGACAGAAGAGCAAGGAGAAGACAAAUUUUGAGGCAGAAUGUUGCAUAGUGUUCGAUGGAAGGGAGUUGCAAGGGGAACGUGCAAUAUGGACGGAUUGUCCCGGUUCUGUGGGUGCCGAGGGUUUACUCCUGCAAGACCUCGGCAGCCUCGCACAGUUCUGGGAGUGCUGUUCGUCCAGCUCCGGUGACGCGGAUGCAGAUGGGGAGAGCUUUGGAGGUGACUCCCCCGUGGGACUCUCCCCCGGCUUUGACAGCACUGUGCUCAGUCCGCAUGUGCUCACCGGAAACCAAGAGCUCUUUACAGAUAUUAAUGAAGGAUCUGGUAUAAACUCUUGUUUUUCAGUGUUUGAAGUGCAAUGCAGUAAUUCUGUUAUACCUUUUUCUUUUGAAACACUCAACUUGGAGGAUGAAAAUACGGAUUCUAGUGCUAAUGUGCUUGGAAAAACACAGUCUAGGUUGCUAAUAUGGACCAAAAAUAGUGCCUUUGAAGAAAACGAACACUGUUCUAAUCUCUCAACAAGAACUUGUAGUCCUUGGUCCCACUCAGAAGAGACACGUUCAGACAAUGAGACAUUGAACAUUCAGUUUGAAGAAGCCACACAGUUCAAUGCAGAAGAUAUUAAUUAUGUAGUUCCUAGAGUUUCCUCAAAUUAUGUAGAUGAAGAACUUCUAGAUUUUUUGCAGGACGAAACAUGCCAGCAAAAUAGUAGAACAUUAGGAGAAGUUCCAACCUUUGUUUUCAAAAACCGAUCGAAACUAGAAUCUGUCUGUGGUAUUCAGCUAGAACAAAAGAUGGAAAACAAGACCUUUGAAAUGGCAGCGUUAUGUCCUGAAAGCGUCCCAGGCAGAGAUGGCUACGGCUCAGGGGUGAUCAAGGACAUCUGGACAAAGAUGAGCGGUGCAAACUCUGGAGCCAGGGUUGACGGGGACGGAGCCGGGGAUGAGCUGUUUACUGCAGACAUCAGCAGCUACUGCUGCUGCCUGGAGGCUGACACAAAGAUGGAGACCCUCCAGGAGCCACGCAAGGCCGUACAGAGGUCAGAGUACCACCUGUGGGAGGGCCAGCCAGGCAACCCUGAGAAAAGAGCCUUCGUGCCCAGUGAGCUGUGCCAGGUGGAUGGUGGUGAUUAUACCACCCCCUCAAAGCCCUGGGAUGUGGCACGUGAGAAAGAAAAUGCAUUCAUUCUCGGAGGGGUAUAUGGUGAGUUCAAGCCUUUCAAUAGUGAUGGGGAGUGGGCCCUUGUCCCACCCAGUCAUUCGAGAGGCAGCUUGUUGCAGUGUGCCGCUUCCGAUGUGGUGACAAUAGCAGGGACCGACGUCUUCAUGACCCCCGGGAACAAUUUCGCUCCUGGACAAAGGCAGUUGUGGAAACCCUUCAUGUCAGUGGAGCCGACUGAGCAGCCGAAGAGCGGAGGGGGAAACGGAUUAAAUAAGGGAUUUUCUUUUAUCUUCCAUGAAGACCUCCUAGGAGCCUGCAGUCACUUCCAAGUCGAAGAUCCUGGACUUGAAUAUUCCUUCUCUUCCUUCGACUUCAGCGACCCAUUCUCACAAGUCCUUCACGUGGAGUGCUCGUUUGAGCCCGAAGGAGUUGCCUCUUUCAGCCCGAGUUUCAAACCUAAAUCUAUCCUUUGCUCGGAUUCCGACAGCCGAGUGUCCCAUCCCAGGAUAUGUGGUGUGGACCGAACGCAGUACAGGGCUAUUAGAAUCUCUCCGAGGACUCACUUCCGCCCCAUCUCUGCAUCCGAACUGUCCCCAGGAGGGGGCAGUGAGUCGGAAUUUGAAUCUGAGAAAGAGGAAGCCAAUAUUCCCAUGCCAUCUCAAGUGGAUACCUUUGAAGACCCCCAGGCAGAUCUCAAACCACUGGAAGAAGACGCAGAGAAGGAAGGCCAUUAUUAUGGAAAGACGGAGCUCGAGUCCGGCAAGUUUCUCCCCAGGUUAAAAAAAUCUGGAAUGGAAAAGAGUGCUCAGACAUCUUUGGAUUCCCAGGAGGAGUCUGCGGUGGGGGGGAUCCUGUCGAUGGGGAAGCAGAACCCGUGUUUGGAAUGCAGCCUGAAUGGAUCUCUGGAGAUGAACCCAGAACGCGCAGAAGCCAACUGUCACAUCAUGGCACAGUGCGAGGAGGAAGUGGAUCAUUUUUGUAGCUGCAAAGCAGGUUGCCAGUUUCCUACUUAUGAAGAUAACCCAGUCUCUUCAGUUCAGCUGGAAGAGUUUCCUGUGUUGAACCCCGAGGUUCGAGGAAGCAGUCGAAGCCAAGAGAAGCAGACGUGGUGGGAAAAGGCCUUGUACUCGCCACUGUACCCCACGUCGGAAUGCGAAGAAUGUUAUACAAAUGCCAAGGGAGAGAAUGGUAUAGAAGAAUUUCCAGAUGCUAAAGAAAUGCCCCGUAAUGAAGAGCGUCUGUUAGAUUUUAAUAGGGUGUCUUCUGUCUCUGAAGCCAGGUGCGCCCGAGACACAAGUCCUGGAGCCACCACCAAUGGCUUUGGUAGAAGGCGGUGCUCGAGUGCCAGCUCCAGCUCGGAAGAUGUGACCUCAGACGGCGGGGCCCAGUGGGGUGGCCAGCUCUUCUCUCGGACUCAUCUCUAGGCCCGCCGAGUGCCACUUUUGGGAGCCGGCCGACCUGAGACUUUUCGCUUCCUCUUCACUCACCGAUUGCCACCCGUGAUGCUCGCUCUCUCUCUCUCUUUCUCUUUCCUUGCUUCCUUUCGCUCGUGUCGAGGACCGCUCUCGUGUUGGAGAUUCUUUCUCCCACCCACCAUUCGACCCCGGCUCUGAAGUAGACUAGACUGUGGUGUCUGAUCUGAUCCAAUCCAGUCCGAUUCGGUCCGAUCCAGAAUGGGUGUGCAUGUGCUUGUCCCGCAUCUGCCCUCAGUCUAGCCGCAGCUGCUGUGCGCUGCUCUGCCCUGCUGCAAGAGUUUCGAGCUUUGCUCUCGGAAAAUCGGGAUGGAAGCACAGGCCUGCAACAGAGCGAGGCCUUCCCGAGGCAGGAGGGAAAUGUGGGUUUCUCAGUCACACCCUGGCCACGCCCUUCGUCUAGCCCCUGGUCUGCGGGAGGGCCCUUGGACCUGCAGAAGCCUUUGAGUGUCUCUUGCAGCUGCCUCCAUGCAACACGGGAAAGGUGGGCUUGGUGACUUCCUGACUAACUGAAGACGCCAAGGAUUGGGUUUAGGGUAAUAGCAUUCUGGGGGUCGACCGGACCCCACGUGCUGGCCCAUCACAGCUUGAGUUGUGCCGCACACUUUCCUGGUUGAUUUGUGGGGAGUCUGACAAGCUCCGGUGGUCCUGAGUGGCAGGUUCUGGACUCUAGUGCUCGACAGUGAACUGGGGUCCUUGGGUCUGACACUAGGAGCGGUGCAGCAGAGACCAUGGCUGCUGCUAUAGAGUCACUCUGGCUUCAAGGACUAGAGCUUAGGGCCCCUGGUGUCUGUGAGCAUGUUUGGUGUGUGUGUGUGUGUGUGUGUGUGUGUGUGUGUGUGUGUGUGUGUGUGUGUGUACACAUUUGGGGUGGGAGUGGCAGAGCAACCUUUGUCCCUGCCUAUGUGAUCAUUCUGUGGACUGUCCUUCAGGUCCCUUCCACCGUAGCACUCUGUCCGCACUGAUCCUCCACCUUUAGGGCAGGCACAGGCCGCAGCAGGGGCAGCUGUUCGUUUGCAGAGCCUAUGCAUUUCGCAUCUCCUUUCCCUCUCACUCACUGUUUAAGCAGCACCACAGAGUGAGGUCAGUGUUGUGUGCCUGGGACAGCAGGGCCUUGAGGAGGUCUACACAGACCCCCGUGGGCAGGCAGGAAACAAUGCACUUAGAGCUGACGCAAGAACUCAGUGAUUGGUUUGUGCGUAGGGCGUGGAUGACACUGGACUCUGGCCUGGCCUGUCUCAUCCCGGUCCACAGACUUUCCCUGGGGCUCAUCCCAGUCCACAGGCCUUCCCAUGAUGCUUGGCAUUUCUGCAAUUCUUCCUUUGACACUUCCAAGUGGGUCUGUGUGUAUGUGUGUGUGCGUGCGUGCUUGCUUGCGUGUGUGUGUGUGUGUGUGUGUGUGUGUGUGUGUGUGUGUGUGUGCCCGUGUGACAUUUUAUGUUGCUGUUAUUUAUUUAGACUUAAUAAGAUUUGAUGUAUUUUCUUCCGGAGCUUCCUAAAAAUUUGAUCAGCAUCUGCACUGAAAUAUAAUUUAACAGCUAAAGCAAAAAAAAUUGGAAGUUGUCAAUCCCUCUAGUCGCCAUGGUGACAGUCAUCCUAGAAAUCGUUACUGUCGUAGCCAAGACCAAAAACACCGGACAGUGCCGUGAGCUCAGUUCCCAUGGGA